AUGGCGAACUAUCUGCCAGUCUUGCUGGGCUCAUUCGCUGCCGUGCCAGACGACUCUGUGUUAGAGGAUGUAUGGCGCUCAUGGCGGAACAUGACCCGUCUCAAGAACGAAAUAGCCAACGGCGUCCGUCUCGAAAACGCCUCCUGGCGCACCUGGUGGAAAAAGCGCAACGGUCUCAAGACCGUCACCCCAGAGACCCUCAACUGGCUGAAGGACUCGGACGUCACUUGGCUAUACGGCCCCCUCCACACCGCUAUCCCACCCCCCUACACCCCCAAGCCAUCUCCUACCACCGCCGCUGCCUUGGACCUCCCCUCUACCCCUUCACCCACCCUCUCUCAGCCACCGGGUGGCUUCGUCAGAAAACCAAUUCUCAAGCACCGCUCUAUAUCGGAACUCCUCACCUCCGACUUCCCACUCUCUCCCCUGUUCAGUCCUCCAGAAUCUGACGAUGAAACCCAACACCCAUCCCUCGAUAGCGAUGCCCAAGACAUCGCAGUCCCAUCGAGGCCUUCCUUGAUGCACACAAAGAGCGACACCCACAUCACGAGGUGGGGUCCAAAUCGCGCCUUUAGGCGAGAUUCGCCACCACGGAUCAUCCCAGCCUGUCCUCCCGAUGUCGUGCCACAGAAACGUAAACACAUCAGCUUCAACACCUUUGUCGAGCAGUGCAUCGCUAUCGAUCAGCCUCAGAAGAGGAUCUCGCCCUGCGGCACAAGAACCUCGAGCGGGCCCAGCGCUCGAUCGAACACACUAUGCAUCGAUAAGGAGCUUGUCACCAUCGCCCUCAUCGCUCCUACCAUCUUAAAGACCAAGGCGGACGAGGAAGACUACCCAUUCCCACACCUCCAGGCACCAUGCCAUCAGUAG